UUUCCGAUUCUCAUGCAAUUGCCAUGGCAGCAAAUGUUGUAGCAGAUUUUAAUAUGUUAAAUCUUCAUGAUGAUAAUAUUGAAAAUGAUUUAAGAGAUGCAUGUUUUGAAUUGGCUUUUUUGUUAUCAGAUACGAAUUCUUUAGACAAUCAAAACUUUUUAGAUAAUCAAAAUCUAGAGACACAUGAAAACUUUUAUACUGGUGUUACAAAAGCAGAAAUUUUGGAUGUUUCUUAUCUAGCUUUAGAGUUAUAUAGGUUUUUUAAUGAGCACUCUACCAAAAAUUUGUUGCGAAUUGUUGUUAAUUCUGAGGUAGAAAAGAAUUAG